GAAGGAAAAUGGCUGAAGUCAAACCAGAAUCGGUCCCCUGGUCGAAUAGCAAGGAUGAUUACGAGCUCAAGGACGUCAUUGGUGCUGGUGCGACAGCUGUAGUACAGGCAGCUUUCUGUAAACCACGGCAGGAGAAAUGUGCCAUCAAGAGGAUCAACCUGGAGAAAUGUAAUACUACUGUAGAGGAGUUAUUGAAAGAGAUCCAAGCAAUGAGCCAGUGUAAACAUGAGAAUGUGGUUGGUUACCAUACUUCGUUUGUUGUCAAGGAAGAACUCUGGGUCAUCAUGAUGCUUUGCAGUGGAGGUUCCAUGUUAGAUAUCAUUAAAAGUCGUAUGCGAUCUGGAGGAUGUAAAAAUGGAGUCCUGGAUGAAGUUGUCAUAGCAACCAUUCUUAAAGAGGUUCUCAAGGGCCUAGAAUAUUUCCAUAACAACGGCCAGAUUCACCGUGAUAUCAAAGCUGGCAACAUUCUUCUAGGACAAGACGGUUCUGUCUAUGUUGCAGAUUUUGGUGUGAGUGCAUGGCUGGCUACAGGAAAGGAUAUGACUCGUGAUUCUGUCCGACACACUUUUGUGGGAACUCCUUGUUGGAUGGCGCCGGAGGUUAUGGAACAGGUGACAGGGUACGAUUUCAAGGCAGACAUCUGGAGUUUUGGGAUAACUGCUAUAGAACUGGCUAUAGGAACAGCUCCCUACCACAAAUAUCCCCCAAUGAAGGUGCUGAUGCUGACCCUGCAGAAUGAGCCGCCGACUCUAGACACGUCCGCUGAGGACAAAGACCAGACAAAAUCCUACAGUAAAGUCUUCCGUAAAAUGGUUGCAGAGUGUCUCAAAAAAGAGCCGGAGAAAAGACCUACUGCCAAGCAACUUCUCAAAUUAGAAUUCUUCAAAAAAGCCAAAGAUAAGGUUUUUCUUGCCAAAACCUUACUGUCGGAAGGUCCCUCAGUGAAACCACAGAAGGUGAAGCGUGUACCAGGCUCUAGUGGAAGACUACGCAAGACUGAGGAUGGAGACUGGGAAUGGUCGGAUGACGACUUUGAUGAGAACUCUGAGGAAGGCAUCGCGGCCAUUGCUGAGAGGAAACGUCGUGUUAAGAAAAAAGAUAAUAACGAGGCGACUGCUGAACUUGUUCCACCUUCAGAAGCUCCCGGUGCGUCACCUGCCAAAUCACCUGGCAAGUCACUCUCUCAGACAGAGAUUGCCUCUAAUGCUCAAGAAACACCAGCGCCACCUAGCAGUAGUCAACAAAAUGUUACAAGUGCCCCCGCUUCCACGACUCCUUCAACUUCUAGUUCAGGGGGAGAUGCCAGUUCACAGCCAUCAGCUCUCAACCUAGUACUUAGAUUACGGAAUGACAAACGAGAGUUGAAUGACAUCAAGUUUGAUUUCACUCCCGGUCAAGAUACCGCUGAUAGUGUGUCACAUGAAAUGGUGGAAGCUGGGUUAGUCAAUGGAAAAGAUAUGAUUGUUGUUGCUGCCAAUCUACAAAAAAUACAGGACUAUCCUGAUGUCAAGUCUGUCACGUUUGCUUUGAAUUCUGGUUGUGGUCCAAACGAGGUUCCCUGUGAUAAAGCUCUUAUAGGAUUCGCACAACUCUCCCUGAACGACGGAACAAACCCUCUUCCACCUCACUAACACACUGCCAUCUACACCUAGGAUAGAAAAAACAAGGGCACAUAACUCUGCCACUAGCAAGAACAGAUUUAUUGUAUAUAAAGUCUCUGAAAAAAGGGAAGAUUACUCUGUUCUGGCAUUUUCUUGAAAAGAGAACUGUGAUAAUAUUGAUUUGCCAGGACUGGUGAGAAUCACCAUUUUUUUUGUGGUCAGAUGAUACACCUGUACAAGCUAGUAUGUUUUUUUUGUUGUUUUUUUUUUUUAACUUUUUUCUUGCAGAAUUUUGUUUGCGCCAUUAAUGCAUUUAUGUAAAUUUCUAUAACUUACAAAUCCAGUUUGGUAUGAUUGACUGUAAUUGCAGUUUUCUAGAUAAAUCAUCUUACUGUGAGCAUAUGCUACAUGAUUUUUUUGAUUUUUUUUUUUUUUAAUUUUCAUGCAGAAUUUUUGUUGACUCUUUAAUGCAUUUAUGUACCCGGUUACACAAUUUACAGAGCUAAUAUGGUAAAUAAGUGAUUCCACAAAUUUUCAAUGUAAAUUAUCUUACUGUCAGAAUUUGCUGGCUGUAUAUGUGUUGUAAAAUCUGAGGCCUUUCUUUUUACUCUUCAUUCAGUAUUGAAUAUAACAUAUAUGAUCACUAAUGGAUUGGUUUACUCAUUCUAUAUUAAUAGAACACAAUUUAUAGUGUAUCGUCAGUAAAUACAGCAGUAUUUUCCACAAUAUUUCUAAUGCUGCACAAAAACAAGAUACCCUCUGAAAUAUACACAUUUACAGUACCUUAUACAGUAGUGUUUUAACGUGUUAAAUGUGAAAAUAAAGCAUUGUUAAUUUUGAAAAUUAACAGCAUUUAAAUCAUUUUUUUUUCUUUCUUUAUUUUAAAAAAUAUUAUUUUCAACAUAUUCUUUAGGUAUCAUUUUUCACAUGAUUAUUGUAAAUUAACUCUUCAGUUGAUAGAUAAUUACACAACCAUGGAAAGUGCAACAUGAAACAGAUGAGUAAUAUUUAUGAUGAAUUGUUUAUGUUCAAAUCGCUUAAACAUUAGAACAUGACAAUUAUGUAAUUUUAAAGUGAUCUACCUUUAAAAAAUGCUGACAUCAAAUUUUAGUUCUUUGUCAUUAAUUUAAAUUUGAAAGGUACAUAUGUAUUCGAAAUUGUCCAUUUUAGUAUUGAGAAUGUAUUUGAAUUCAUUUUAAAACCAAGAUCUGGCCAAACUAUUUAAAUAAUUAGGACGUUGAUAGGUGAAUGUGGCAUAGAAAUAAAGAUAUCUAAUCAUUCCUUCUGCUCCAGUUCUUCUGUUUAUUUUGACCCUAACCAUCAUUAAAGACAGUUUUAAAAUUGCCACAAAAUCACAAAAUUAAUUUUGUUGAUAUCAUUACAGUGCAUUUGAUACUGAAAGAGUCCAAGAUGGAAAUAUUUCUGAAUUUACAUAUGAUAUAAUAACUUGACUAAUAUGGCUGUUUUGUUUUCAAAAUACCAGUUAAAAUGCCAGUUAAAAUACCAGUUAAAGAAACAUAUGACAUUGCCAAGUUGAGUUGUCACAUAGUUUUCCUUUAUCAUGGUUUUAGGUAAAAAAAAUCAUGGGGAGAUAACUCUUAGCAUAAUUCACAAAUAUUUCAUAUAAGGUAGGAUAUAGCCUUGAAAAGGUUGAGUGAAAGCUAAAUUAAUGAACUUGGUACCAUGUAUACGUAUGUACACAUGUAGAAUGAUUAGAAAUAAUUUAAAAUUAAGUUAGUAUUGUAACCAGAUAUUUUGUGUGUUGGUGGACAUAUUGUUGUAGAGAAGACAAUUUUGUUGUUUUUCAGUUUGAAAAUCAUAUAUUUAUAUAUAUAUACUGGUAUGCAAUUGUGAAAUUGUUUUGUAAUUUCUGAUACAACAUGACAUCUAAAGAUUGCCAAUUUUUCACAUUUUUUACCUUCAAAUUUUGAUAUUUAGCUAAUUUGUUAUUACAAAUCUGAUUAGCUUAUUCAACCCAAUUCUAUACAAGUGUUACUCAGGUAAAUACUAGCCGCAAUAUACCGCUCAGCUACAGAGAUCUUCUCUCUUAACUCGAUCGGUUGAGCGUUAGACUAGUAAGCCAGAGGUUCCGGGUUUGAUCACAAGCGGACGCAGUGAUUUCACUUUAAUAAAUCAUGAGAUUUGGUACACAAGGGAGAAGGAAGCUUGAUUCAAAAUGAGGAAAUCAAUUAUGUUUACUUUUACUUGAACUGAAUUUAGUAACAGAGUCAGUAAUUGGCCACAUUUUUAGGGGAAUAACUAUGGCUGGAUUUUCAAGUCCUUACUAUGCCAUUUUGUUUGAUGUUAUUCAUCAAAAAUGAAUCAAACCUGUCUAUGGUAUCUGCCGUGGUAUCGGCCGUGGUAUCUGGCGUCAUGGUAACACAACAGCACAAACCUGAUAUUUCCACAGGCGUUCACUUUACCCGGUAGUGUAAUCUGUAGCUUUAAUCAUAAUUCAUGAUGAAACCCUUUGAUAUGUUCACUUUUACUCAACUAACUUCAAUAUGAAUCAAUAGCUUUAUGUUUCAGCUUUAAAUUUCAAAAGGAUGUUCAUUCUCAAUUUAAAUCUAUUAUGCUAUGUAUAGCAUAUCUGAUGCCAUCAGUGUUGGAGAUUUCAUCCACUAUCUAUAAAUAUUGUAUAGGUCGCAGUUUCUUAGAUUUAAAAUAAAAACAAAGAAUACUGACAUAAUAAGAUAACAUACAGAGUUCUUCGGACAGGUUGAAAAAAAAAAAUUUUUAAUCACUCUCUGGAACUGAUACUGUUUCUUAUUUACAAACAUACAUUUUUACUAUUCUAUCAUGAUAUUGUCUUCAUAAUUUAGAAAAAAUAGUCAGGACAAAGAAAUGUAUGAGAUAUGUUGACAAUCUUAGACUAUCACAUCAGCAUGAUUUAGUUGUGCUUCGUCACUGAAGCAAAAAAAAUCAGCGUAAGUUCUGUUGUACAUUCAUAUAUUUACAUUUGCUCUGCGUUUCCCCAUAAAAACAAUGCUAAGAGGCAGUUGCCACCAUACGCCUAUAACACCCAGUGCCUCAGGCUAUAACACC